AUGGCCUCGCCCGACGACGACACCGACGAGCGCGAGCGCCUCAAAUCAGCCCUCUGGUACGCAGUCGGCCAAAUCGUCGACGAAGAAUGCCUCCGACGAAACCGCAACGCAACGCCCCAGUUCAUCGGCGCGUUGACAGAAAUGGUCUGGACACAGAUUGAAAACAUCGCCAUCGACCUCGAGAGCUUCGCCAACCACGCCUCGCGGCCCAACAUCACGACAGAGGAUGUGCUCCUCCUGGCACGCAAGAACCCCGACCUGCAGCAGAUCAUGAGCGAGUUCGUCGAGGAGAGAAAGGGCAUCAAGGAGGCGAAGAUGGGCAGGAACAAGCCCGCCGCCGGCCGCCGGCGGUGA